CGAACAGGAUGUAGUUUAGCAAAGGGAAGUGUAGCUCGCAAAGUUGUAACGUUCAUCUGCUUCCUUAACAAUGGCGACUGUCACGAACGAGCUAUUGGUGUCGGGAAGAUUCAGAGGAGUACUGCUUGUUGUCAUUCUUCAGUUUGUAUUAAUACCACAGCUGACUGCUAUAUCAGAGCCGGGGAAAUGGGUCCAGGAUGUGGAUAUUGUAAAUGAUAGGCCAAAGUUCUUCUAUUUUCCGAAGACGAUGUUCAAUAAUACUUUCAUUGAAAUGAAUUUGUACAUUGAAGAGUGUGCUGAUUCUGUAGAACUCAUUAUAGCAUGGCAUUUGCGGAGUUCUCCUUGCUACAACGAAGUGUUUGGGUUUGAUCCUGAUUCAGCAGAAGCCUAUUUUGAGAGCACCACUGUGUCCCGGGAAGGAGUCUAUGGAUUCUACAUAGACCACAAGUAUGAACCUGUAAAGUGUGAAUCUAAUAUUCCAGGAAUUAAGUUUGGAGUAAAAGACUUUGAUCAUCCUAAACAGCUGGAGUCAUGGACUCAGGUGAGUUGAACUGAUGCUUUUUAACCAGGUUAAAAAAUAGUGGUAUAGCUUGUGCAUAUGGUCAUCCACUUGUCCAAAGCUGAUUGA